UAGCUUCACUCUCCAACUUUCAAAAGCUUUAUAAAACGGCAUCAUUUUCAAUAUCCAGCACCUAUCUCAGUCUCUCACGACCGCCGGCGUAAACUUGUGAACGCUCUUCCUUACGUUUCAGCCGUCUGAUGAUUUGACUUCCACUGGUCAAAGCUCUAAAACCCCGAGAUCAACGAUGGGCCAUUGCUGCAGCAAGAACGUCUCCGUCGUCGACAACGACGGGAACACCGGCUCCGGCGACCCUUCCGCGGAGACUGCGGCAACAUUACCAAUAUCCUCCAACUCCGUCUCCGGCAAUACCCGCUCCGGGAAGGCCACGCCGGCGCACUCCUUCUCUGCCAGCCCCUUCCAGAGCCCGCUCCCGGCAGGAGUGGCCCCGUCGCCGGCGAGGACGCCGGGGAGGAAAUUCCGGUGGCCGCUGCCACCUCCCUCUCCGGCGAAGCCGAUCAUGGCGAUUCUCCGGCGGAGAGGUCAGGAGAGGCCGCCGGAUGGUCCGACGCCGAUACCGGAGGAGAAUGGGGAAGGGGAGCGAGAGGGAGGGCUCGAUAAGAGCUUCGGGUACGCGAAGAACAUUGGGGCAAAGUUCGAGCUUGGGAAAGAGGUGGGUCGAGGGCAUUUUGGUCACACCUGUUGGGCAAAGGGCAAGAAAGGAGAGCUUAAAGGGAAGGCCGUGGCUGUGAAAAUCGUAUCUAAAGCUAAGAUGACAACAGCAAUAGCAGUUGAAGAUGUUCGUAGGGAAGUGAAAAUAUUAAAAGCCUUAUCUGGGCAUAACAAUCUGGUCAAAUUUCAUGAUUCGUUUGAGGAUGCCAAUAACGUCUACAUAGUUAUGGAAUUGUGUGAGGGUGGAGAACUACUGGACAGAAUUCUGUCUAGAGGUGGAAGAUACACGGAGGAAGAUGCUAAAAAAAUUGUGGUUCAAAUUGUAAGCGUAGUUGCCUUUUGUCAUCUUCAAGGUGUUGUCCAUCGUGAUCUAAAGCCAGAGAAUUUUCUUUUUGUCACAAAAGAUGAGAAUGCUCCAAUGAAGGCUAUCGAUUUUGGUCUAUCUGAUUUUAUCAGGCCAGAUCAACGUCUCAAUGAUAUUGUUGGCAGUGCAUACUAUGUUGCACCUGAAGUGCUUCAUAGAUCUUACAGUGUUGAAGCAGAUUUAUGGAGUAUCGGUGUGAUAACAUAUAUAUUGUUAUGUGGAAGCAGACCUUUCUGGGCACGUACUGAAUCAGGAAUCUUUCGUUCUGUGCUAAGGGCUGAUCCUAAUUUUGAUGAUUCACCUUGGCCUUUGGUGUCACCAGAAGCUAAAGAUUUUGUUAGAAGGCUUUUGAACAAGGACCACAGGAAAAGAAUGACUGCUGCUCAAGCUCUAGCUCACCCAUGGCUACGUGAUGAAAACCAAGCUGUGCCUUUAGAUAUUUUGAUCUACAAGUUAGUUAGGUCAUAUGUUCGUGCGACACCUUUCAAACGUGCAGCAUUAAAGGCUCUCUCAAAAGCUUUAACAGAAGAUGAGCUCAUCUACCUUAGGGCUCAGUUUGAGCUGUUGGAACCAAAAGAUGGAUGUGUGUCCCUCGAUAAUUUUAGGGCGGCUCUCAUGAGAAAUGCCACUGAUGCCAUGAGGGAGUCAAAGGUUCCUGACAUUUUAAAUUCGAUGGAACCGCUCUGUUAUAAAAGAAUGGACUUUGAAGAGUUUUGUGCUGCUGCAAUCAGCACGUAUCAGCUUGAGGCUCAUGAAGGAUGGGAGAACAUUGCAAGUAUGGCUUUUGAGUAUUUUGAACAGGAAGGAAACCGGGCCAUUUCAGUUAUGGAACUGGCACAGGAAUUGAAUCUGGGUCCUCAAGUUUACUCUUUGCUCAAGGAUUGGAUCAGAAACUCGGAUGGAAAACUCAACUUCCUUGGAUAUACCAAAUUUUUGCAUGGUGUAACAAUACGUAGUUCUAGCAUAAGACACUGAUAGCAUUUACAACAAAGGGAGCUAUUAUUAACAGAAGUUUCAUACAAAUUGUUUUCACUUUUUCUACCGACAAUUUAAAGAAAAAUGUUGUAAAGAUGAAUGUCCAGACAAGGUUGAGAUUGAUGAUUGAUUCAAUAUUUCUUUUAUGUCAGAAAGCGUUCUGUUUUCGAGCAACA